AUGUCGGCAGCAGUGUCGUCGUCGGUUUGUUCAUUCUUAUCGACGUUCAGGGUCCGCGAGAAUUCCCCCUCGGAAGGUUCUCCGGGCUGCCACACUCCAGCGCCUGCAACCGUGGAAGGGGCGUCGCCUCGUGUCCGGCCCUCCUCGUCGGCCCCCACGUUUAUGCCUGCCGAAAAGAAUGCGGCAGUCCCUUCCGAGUUUUCUUGCGGGCUGUCCGGUGAUACCCCGUCGCCGCGUCCGUGCGGCGCGACGGCCGGCAGUGCAUCCUCCGCUCUGGGCCCGAAUGCGAGCGGGAGUGUGCCGGGUCAGGCAGUGGUGAGAAGGAAGCAGCUGUCGGGUGCUCAGAAGAGGAAGCGAAAGCGAGAACUGCUGGCGAAGAACCGCGUCGAGCCUGCGUCACUUUUUUCCUUUCUCUCAACCACAGUCACGUCGGAAGCCAUUUACGAAAACUGGCAAGAUCUCAAUCGGGCCAUAAGAGAGGAAUCUGCGCGCUACGAAGCUCGCACGCUGUCUGCCUCGUCUUCGCUUCUCCUGGGCCAUCCGGACCUAUCCGCGGGCUGCUGCUGCUGUUCUCGGGCACCGGCCUGCUGGGCAGAGGAGCGAGGCCGCGGGACUUCGACCUUGUGUGUGUCCGGCGAAGACGGAGGCCAGGGAAAGCGGGUCCGCCACGCCGACGCUCAUGACCUGGACCGGGGGAGCGGAACUCAUCUCAAGAAGCACUGCGGUCCAAAUGAAGGUGAAGGCGCCAAGAGACAGUCGCCGGUGAGCCAGGAGAGGCCGCCGUCUCCAAGUUGCCACGCGUGGGGGAGCAGCGGAAGCAGCACGCGGAGUUGCUGUACCAGCAGCAGAGAGUCGGGGAGAGAAGACGAAGAAGACUACGAAGAAGACGAGGGCCAGCAUCACCGCCAGACGUCCCCCGCGCGUGCGUCGUCCCCCCCCACCUCGUCUCGAGCGCUGCCGGGUGCACGCGGGGUGCCUGUGUCCUGGAGAGUCCUCAUCAGCAACGGCGGCCGCAGCCGCCGGAGCUCCGGCGGGAGCAGUGUGGGACGCGUCGAAGCCGUCGACGACUUUGAAAGUCGCGACGGAGCCGAGACAGUUGAAGCGGCCUGGCACACGCGCGGAGGCUCAACAGCGAGUGGCGGUGAGGGCGAAGAAGUCGCAAUGAACCACCUGCUGACUUGUGCGGCGUUUGAAGGGGAAGGGCUGUCUGGCCGACGUGUGAGAACCAAAGAAGAUGCAUGCUCUGCGCAGAAGCCGUUGCCUUCAUCGUCCGCUGUGACGAUUGGAUCGCUUGCGGGGGCUGUGGGCCCGGACCGCGUGGCAAAUUGCCUGUCUCCGUGCUGCAGCACGCGCCACUCGAGUUGUUGUUCGAGUUUGAGAGGAGAGGGGAGCGCUGGAGGGUAUUAUUCGCCAUCUUCCUUUCUCCUAUCGCCGGUCUCGGACGACGCGUCGAGCGUGACGUCUUCAAUGACUCCGUCUUCCCCGCCGAGAAUGCCGCGGCAUGGAGCCGCGCCGAGUGGUCCGUCGUCGCCUCACAGCUCUCCCCGGCUCGUCGCCCGGUGCGCGUGCACACACGCGUCGCGGGAAGAGCUCGUCCAUGACGUGGCCUCGCCAGCAGUCCCCGCCUUGUGUGCUCCCUCGACGUCUCACGAGGACGACGAAGAUCUGGGGGACCUAGCCUUGUGGCCUGCGCAGAUUACCGAAGAACUCCGCUGGCGACUGGUGAAGAAGGGUCCAGUUCAACUCGUCGACUUCCCCUACCCGCGCGAUGCCACACAGAGACGGUUCGGUCGCCAGCACUACUGGCGCACGUUGCCGUCGGGAGAAAAGCUCUGGAGAAGCUGGCUGGUCUAUUCGCGAACGCGCGAUGCGGUCUACUGCUUCUGCUGCAAAUUGUUUUCCCAGUUGUCCAAGAGCGUCGUGACAACGGGCUUUCGGAGAUGGAAAGGCAUCGCUGAGGUUCUGCGGAGUCACGAGCAUUCCCGAGACCAUCGCAGCUGCAUGCUUCAGUGGAAAUGUCUCUGUCUCCGCCUCCACGCCGACGUGUCUUUCGGAGACCUCAAGCAGUUGUGUGUGACGACGCCUACACUAAACGUGGUAGGCCGAGUUCUUAAGGGAGAAGAGGACGACGAGGCAGAAGCGAGAGCCUUCCCCAUGACAGGUGACAAAGACGAAGGCGAGAGCGUUACCCAUGAAAGAUGA